AUGUCAGCUGCGCUUAUAGCAGAAAUCAAACAGGACUACGUAGAGAACUGCCUCUACUUUGCGGCUACAAGCUUAUGUUGCUAUGAUUAUUGCCUCACGCUUCAACAAGAGAUCGACUUCAUAUGGAGUGGCCGCUUGACCUUCGCCAACAUACUGUUUUAUUGCUUUCGCUAUCCCGCGAUCCUCAACACAAUCUUCGUCGUUCUGGGUUAUGUACCAUGGCCAGGCUGGCAAACAUCACGGGUCCUGCCGGCGCUCAGUUGCACGAUUAUAAUUCGAUUUGAGAUGGCUGGCGAUGUCUUGAUAUUGACAAGCUCUGCAUUUCAAAAUACUGGAUGGCUCACUGCCAAACUAGUAUUCACCGCCAUGCGCGUAUAUGCCCUAUCCGGCCGUUCCAAAAUCCUCUUUGGCAUCGUGUUGACGCUGGGAUUGGUUGCUCCUGUCAUAUCAACGUAUACCUUUGUUGUGUCGUACCCGAUAUUACAAGUCGUCACGCCGACAUACCAGUCUUGCGACAUAUACACACGCUAUACCGUCAACAAGGUACACUCUAACAUCGUGCGCUGGGCCUGGACUCUGGCAGGGAUGAUCGGUACAAGAGUGUCGUCGCUGCUCUUUGACGGACUCGUCAUGGCACUCACCUGGGUGAGAAUACGACGGAUUGCGGUUCCUAGUAGUGACGCGGCUGCUAGCAAUAGCCUACAAGCUGUCCUUAUAAAAGAUACUGCGUAUGUCAUUCGAUCCAAUACAUCUUAUAACGCCGCUGAUGGAGGUGCAAGUUUAUUGAAGCUGUAUCAACAUGGACGGCAAUUGCUCGACUUGCGUGAAGUCACUGCUACCUUCGGAGAAAGCAAAACUACCUCUAUAUCUCAAACUGUCAGCGGCCUGAAGUUCGUCCUGUCCUCAACGAGCCCAGAAGACAUCCUAACGGACGAGUUCCUCUCAUCUGAUUCUGUGACCGUCGAAUCUUCGAUGCAGGAUGAUCUGACUGUUCACAUUACCGGAUAA